AUGUUUGUCCAUAAUGUGCUCCCUGCAGAUAUCCAGCAGCUUUUGGUAAUUAAAGAAGAUGUCCCCCCUGAGUGCCUGGACCAGGACCAGGAGGACCCAGAGCGCCUCCAUGUAAAAGAGGAACAGGAGGAACUCUGGACCCAUCUACAGGGAGAGCAGCUUUAUGGACUGGAGGAGGAUGAUAUCACUGUUACUGUGGAGAGUAAAGAUGACAAACCUCAGUCCUCACGGCUCCAUCAAAGCCAAACAGAGGACAACAGAGAGGCGGAGCCGCCAGCCGGCAGCUCAGCUACACAGAUAAAAACAGAAACUGAAGGAGAGGACUGUGGGGGAUCAGGACCAGCCUGGGACCUAAAUCCACAUAGUCAUUCACGUCCAAAUACUGAUGAUGAAAAAGCUUCAGAAUCUUUUCAGACUGAAGUCAGUUAUGGUGAUUGGCAAGAACCUUUGUCAGAUUCUGGACCUGAAAGUGAAGACAGUGACAAUGUUUGGAGGGAGACCAGGGCACCUGAGUCUGCUGAUGCUCUGAAAGAUAAGGAAGCCCUUGUAAAUGUUGUGGGAUGUAACACUGGCAACAAAUCAUUUAGCUUCUUUAAGUGUAGUAAACGGUUUUACUACAAAGGGUUUCUUCAGAGACACAUGUUAUGUCAUUUUGGAAAAAAGUCUUCCAGCUGUUUGGUUAAUAAGAAAUGUUUUAGAGUGAAACAAAAGAUAGAGUCACCGCCAAGAGUUCUCACAAGAGAGAAACCAUUCGGUUGUGAUGUCUGUGGGAAAAGCUUUUCAGGAAAGGGGAAUUUGAAGAAACACAUAAGAGUCCACACAGGAGAGAAACCAUUCAGUUGUGAUGUCUGUGGGAGAAGUUUUUCACAACAGGGGAGUUUGAAUAUUCACAUAAGAGUCCACACAGGAGAGAAACCAUUCGGUUGUGAUGUGUGUGGGAAAAGCUUUAAAAGAAAGGGGCAUUUGAAGGGACACAUAAGAGUCCAUACAGGGGAGAAACCAUUUGGUUGUGAUGUCUGUGGGAAAGGUUUUACAUAUAAAGGGAGUUUGAAGAAACACAUAAGAGUCCACACAGGGGAGAAACCAUUCAGUUGUCAUGUCUGUGGGAAAAGUUUUACAGAUAAGGGGAAUUUGAAUAUUCACAUAAGAGUCCACACAGGAGAGAAACCAUUCGGUUGUGAUGUUUGUGGGAAAAGCUUUAAAGGAAAGGGGCAUUUAAAUAGACACAUAAGAGUCCACACAGGAGAGAAACCAUUCGGUUGUGAUGUGUGUGGGAAAAGUUUUACAGAUCAGGGGAAUUUGAAGAAACACAUAAGAGUCCACACAGGGGAGAAACCAUUCGGUUGUGAUGUCUGUGGGAGAAGCUUUUCAGGAAAGGGGAGUUUGAAUAUUCACAUAAGAGUCCACACAGGAGAGAAACCAUUUGGUUGUGAUGUCUGUGGGAAAAGUUUUACAGAUAAGGGGAAUUGGAAGAAACACAAAAGAGGGAGUUUGAAUAGUCACAUAAGAGUCCACACAGGAGAGAAACCAUUUGGUUGUGAUGUCUGUGGGAAAAGCUUUUCAGGAAAGUCGAAUUUGAAGAGACACAUGAAAGGCCACACAGGAGAGAAACCAUUUGGUUGUGAUGUUUGUGGGAAAAGUUUUACAGAGUUACAAGUUGUGAAAGAUUAA